AACCCUGAAUAAUUUUUGUAUUAGGAGUACUUAGAAUGAAAAAUCUGUAAAUAAUUAUUGAAACGUGUGAUUAUUGUAAUAAACGGAUAUUCUGAUAAGCAAAAGUAAAAAUCUAGGAGUUUUUCAUUUAAAAUGAACUCAAUUUUAAGAAGUACAAUGAGACCCUUAAGUCGAUUUUUAUCAACAACAUCAGUUAAACUAUGUGCCGUACCACCUAAGUUAAAACCAAAGAAAUUUACCGGACCAAUCACAUGGAAGUCAAUGGCUGUUACAGCGGUUGUCGGUGGUGGUCUUACAGGAUUUAUGUUGUACGUGAGAAAAGAAAAACAAGAAGCGAUAGAUCGUGAAAGGAAGCGGCAACUUGGCAAAGCCAAAAUAGGCGGUACAUUUGAGCUGGUUGAUUCUGAAGGAAGAAAAGUAAAAAGUACAGAUUUCCUUGGUAAAUGGUUAUUAAUAUAUUUUGGCUUCACACAUUGCCCUGACAUAUGUCCCGAUGAACUGGAGAAACUAGCAGAAGUUGUUAAUAGACAUGACCAGACUCCAUCAGCACCACCUUUGCAGCCUUUAUUCAUAUCAGUUGAUCCCCAGAGGGAUACACCAGAAAUAGUGGGAAAGUAUUGCAAAGAAUUUACACCAAGAUUGUUAGGUCUAACGGGUACAAAAGAACAAGUACAACAGGCAUGUAAAUCCUACAGAGUAUACUUUAGUGCUGGACCUCAGGAUGUUGAUAAUGAUUAUAUUGUGGAUCACACAAUUAUAAUAUACCUGGUAGACCCUGAUGGAGAGUUUGUUGACUAUUAUGGACAAAAUAGAAAUGCAGCAGAAAUACAUGAUUCUAUGCUUGUAAAUAUUCAAAAAUAUCAACAGGGUAAGAAGUCAUCAUGGUUCUAAGAAAUGCAUUUAGUUAUUGUAAUUAUGUUCCAGAUUAAAUUGAAAUAAAUUUAUUUAUUAUAUAAA